AUGGAGGCGAAGCGUCGCUACGAGGCCAACGAUACGGCCCGCGACACCACUGACAUCCCCCUUGGCGCGCAAGGCCGCCUGGAGGAGAGCCCUGCGGACAUGGACGCCCCUCAGCCGUUGCUUUCGUCUCCGUCAUGUGCGCCUCUUGAGAGGGGCGCUGGGCGCGCCAUUGAGGCCGUCGCAGGCGAGGGCCUGGCAAACGGGCAGAGCUCAAAUACGGAGCCUGCCGCUCAGCAAGUACGGCAGGACUUACAAGGACGGCUUCCUGCAUCGCUUAGCAGCAGCAACAACAACAACAAUAACAACAAAACCACGACGACAGCAGAUCCCGAUCUUGCUUGCGAACCUUUAGCAGCUGUAACCCUAACCCCCGGUGAAAUGUCCUCGUCAGAACCAGUCGCCAUGGAAGAGCCAGAUCAGGCUACGAGGCCACAGUCGCAAGACGAAGAUUCGAAGGUCUCUAGCUCUCUCCAUCCUGUGUCAGAGAUAGGAGAGCUGCCCGAGGAAGAGCUUGAGCUAGCUAGGUUUGCUAGCUCUUCAGAAAACUAUAGCUCUUCCAUCACUGGGAGCAGUCGAGCAAGCUCGCCCUUGAGCGAGCCAGAUACUCACGGCAUUGCAUAUACCUACGAUGGACCACCGGGCCAUAGGAUCUUACACCUCAGACCAACAGCCGAACAGUGGGAGGAUUUCCCUGCACUCCUGGCUUUUGCUCGCAACCUUCAUGCUGAAGUCGACGGCUGCUUCAAGAUCAUCCUCCCAGAAGAGCUUCAAGACCCGCUUCCAGAGAAGGACUCGCAGUAUGUGACGGCCAACGCUUAUCGAAUAAGACAGAUCAACCACAGGACAUUCUGGCAGGUCAGCACCGUACCGAGCGAAGGCGCCUUUUCAUCUUCAGAGCCAGAGGGCGAGCUCUCUGGGAGUGUUGACGAGAAUUUCAAGAAGCUAAAGACGCUUUUCAACAAGAGCAAGGACAAGCAGAUGCGCAACGUGCGUUACCGAGUUGACGUCCCCGCGUGGACAGCUAAGCAGAGACGAGAAGCUGGCGUGCCAGACAGAAGCCCCAUCCACCCGUUGGCCGGCGACAAAUUGGACAAGACAAAAGCGAUUAUUCCCGGAAUCCACACGCCGUAUGUGUACGAAUCAGCACAGCAUUUCGGUGCUACUUUCCAGCUCCACGCUGAAGACUUUCGCCUUUCUUCCCUGAAUCACCUUUACAAGGGUCGCAAGAUUUGGAUUGUGGUCCCUGCUACAGCCGUCGACAUCGCCGAAGAAGCACUUAAUCGAAAGGGCAAGUGUUCGCAAUUUAUGCGACACCGCGCCGAGUUCUUCUUCCCGGAGAAGCUCCAGAAAAUGGGCAUCCCGCAUCGAAUCGUCGACCAGCGACCCGGCGAGACCAUUGUCAUCCUACCAGAUGCCUACCACGAGGGCUUCAGCACGGGAUACACCUUGGCCGAAGCCAAGAAUUAUGCAGACGAUGAUUGGACGGCGGAUACCUAUCAGCCGUGCCAGCCGAGCUGCCAGCUCAUGACGGCUAUACCGGCGGAGUUCAUGAGGCCGCUGCAAGAAGGGGAAGAGAGGCUCGAUCUGUGCGCCGGCUAUAAGGACGUUACGGACGAGGCAUCAAAGGCUUCGGAGCAGCAGCAGCAGCAGCAGCAGCAGCCAGAAGUGGAAGAAUCACUGCACGCCGAGAUACAAUGCAAAUCAAAUCCUACGCUAAAACGACCAAUUGAACAUACCAUUCCAGACGAGAUUGUGUAUAAACAUCCCAGGCUCAAUCAAGAUUUUAAUCACUCUGUACAUGCAAACGUCUGA